AAAAAAAGUUCAACGCAACCGAAAAAUCUGUGAAAAUUUAAGAACCCUCCCGCCUGCCCCACGCUGCAAUCGGGUUUCCUUCUUUGCGCCAGAUUCAGCUCUCCCUCACAAACUUCCCUUCAUCAACCACACAUCCUUCACAAUGGCGGACGAAGUUUAUGACGGUGCCAUUGGCAUUGAUCUCGGUACCACCUACUCUUGCGUUGCUACGUACGAGGGUACCAAUGUCGAGAUCAUUGCCAACGAGCAGGGUAGCUUCACCACCCCUUCUUUCGUCUCCUUCACUCCUGAGGAGCGUCUGAUCGGUGAGGCGGCCAAGAACCAGGCUGCCAUGAACCCCGUCAACACCGUCUUCGAUGUCAAGCGUCUCAUCGGUCGCCGCUUCGAUGACCCGACCGUCAAGAAGGAUAUGGAGUCGUGGCCCUUCAAGGUCGUUGACGAUGGUGCGGGUAACCCCAAGGUCUCCGUUGAGUACCUCGGCAGCACCCACACUUUCUCCCCCCAGGAGAUCUCCGCCAUGGUCCUUGUCAAGAUGAAGGAGAUUGCUGAGGCCAAGCUCGGCAAGAAGGUUGAGAAGGCUGUCAUUACCGUGCCCGCCUACUUCAACGACAACCAGCGUCAGGCCACCAAGGAUGCUGGUGCCAUUUCCGGCCUCAACGUCCUCCGUAUCAUCAACGAGCCCACUGCUGCCGCCAUUGCCUACGGUCUCGGCGCUGGCAAGUCCGGCAAGGAGCGCAACGUCCUCAUCUACGACUUGGGCGGUGGUACUUUCGAUGUGUCCCUCCUCAACAUCCAGGGUGGUGUCUUCACCGUCAAGGCCACCGCUGGUGACACCCAUCUUGGUGGUCAGGAUUUCGAUACCAACCUCCUCGACUACUGCAAGAAAGAGUUCACCAGAAAAACGAAAAAGGAUCUUUCCGGUGAUGCCCGUGCCCUCCGCCGCUUGAGAACUGCUUGCGAGCGUGCCAAGCGUACUCUCUCCAGCGGUGCCCAGACCACCAUUGAGAUUGACUCUCUCUUUGAUGGUGAGGACUUCAACAUGCAGAUCACUCGUGCCCGUUUCGAGGAUCUCAACUCCAAGGCUUUCGCCGGUACCCUCGAGCCCGUCGCUCAGGUCCUCAAGGAUGCUGCCAUCGAGAAGAGCGCCGUUGACGAGAUCGUCCUCGUCGGUGGUUCCACUCGUAUCCCCAAGAUCCAGAAGCUCCUCAGCGAGUUCUUCGACAACAAGAAGCUCGAGAAGAGCAUCAACCCCGAUGAGGCCGUCGCCUACGGUGCUGCCGUCCAGGCCGGUAUCCUUUCCGGCAAGGCCACCUCCGCUGAGACCUCCGACCUCCUCCUUUUGGAUGUCGUUCCCCUCUCCCUUGGUGUCGCCAUGGAAGGCAACAUCUUCGCCCCCGUCGUCCCCCGUGGCCAGACUGUCCCCACCAUCAAGAAGCGGACUUUCACCACUGUUGCCGACAACCAGCAGACCGUUCAGUUCCCCGUUUACCAGGGUGAGCGUGUCAACUGCGAGGACAACACCUCCCUGGGUGAAUUCACCCUUGCUCCUAUCCCUCCCAUGAAGGCUGGCGAGCCCGUCCUUGAGGUCGUCUUCGAGGUCGAUGUCAACGGUAUCCUCAAGGUUACCGCCACUGAGAAGACCUCCGGUCGCAGCGCCAACAUCACCAUCUCCAACUCCGUCGGCAAGCUCUCUUCCGCUGAGAUCGAGAACAUGAUCAACGAUGCUGAGAAGUUCAAGACCAACGAUGAGGCUUUCAGCAAGCGCUUCGAGGCUAAGCAGCAGCUUGAGUCUUACAUCAACCGUGUUGAGGAGAUCAUCUCUGACCCGACUCUGUCCCUCAAGCUCAAGCGCGGCCAGAAGGACAAGAUUGAGCAGAGCCUCAGCGAGGCCAUGGGCCAGCUUGAGAUUGAGGACUCCACUGCCGACGACCUCAAGAAGAAGGAGCUUGCCCUCAAGCGCCUUGUUACCAAGGCCAUGUCCUCCCGGUAAAUUGUCAUUUCUUCGCUUUAACGAGUGAGCGGUUGUUUGGUGGGCCUUUUCACCUAGGUUUUCGGGCGCAUUUGGGACGGGAUAUGAAGCCACGGUCUGGAUCAUCAAGCGGGGCCCGCCGUUUUAGGGCCCUUUCGGUAUGACGGGAGGCGUCUUUCCAUGCUGUUUCGCGGAGCGGGACACAAAAAAGUUAGAGGGAUCCAGGCUUCGAAUUGCAUUUCGCUGCGGAGCCAUCGUCUUAGGCAAAAAGAGGAUGUCAAAGAUUGCAACGAUUGGGGUGUUUUCCUCUUUUUAUUUUCUUCUUACGACCCGAAUCUCUUUGGCGCCAUGCAUGUAGACUAGGGAGGUUCACCAAAAAGUAUAGUGAUGACCAAAUGUUUGAUUUGUUUGUUGACCCAUGUUGAGCUGUCUUUUUGGCUGCUGCUUCGUGUUUUGAUAUGUUCGCAUUGUUGAAGAAUGACUCUUGCCCC